UUCUCACACAAAAUAAUUCCCUGCGGGGGGGCCGACGACGAAGAAAUAUAGGACAGUGCCAUUCGCUAAUGGCUAAUGCUUCUUCUUGUAAGUAGCGACACAGUCGGUCAAUUUAAUCCUUCUUCGACUUUCUUUCCGUUCUCUCAACUCUUUUCUCAUCGGUGCUCCCAUCAGUUUCUUCGUCAACAGUUAUCAGUGAGGAUUAAUAAGGUACAAUGGUCAAAUCCGUAGGGCUAUUGAAAUCUGUGGAAGAGAGAGCCCUGUUGAAGAAGGUGGAAGAUGAGCAAAAGAAAGAGCAAGUACCUUAUCUUCAUAAAGAUUGCAUCUCAAAUAUCCUUAUCCGGCUUCCUCUAGAGUCACUCCAAAGUUCAAGGUUUGUUUGUAAGCCAUGGUACAGUAUAAUUAACAGCCCCAUUUUUGUUGAUGCCCAUCUUCGUCGCUCUGAAUCUGUGUUGAUAUUUCUAAAAUCAGUUUCAAGAGAAAGAUUAUACCCUUAUUUUGGGAUAUCAAUGCCACCAGAGCAACCAAAUAAUUUCUGUGUCGAAACAAGUCUUCUUCAAUCGGAAUCUGUCCCCAUUUUUGGGCAACCAACCAUCAGUAGUGCACCAAAAUUUUUCAUCCAGUUCAUGGAAUUUAAAGAGGGAAAAGGCAAGAUACGAGAGUAUAAUCUCAGCUGUCUGGGUCAUAUUAGAGCUACAUGCAAUGGUCUAAUUUUGCUUGGUAACAAGCUGAAGAAAGGGGGACUGGUAGUGAUGAAUCCUGUAACAAGGAAGCUUAUUGCACUUCCUCUAGGUACCAUAUAUCCUCCUCAGGAUGAAUCUUAUGGCUUUGUAUUAAAUGCUGCUACUGGAGAAUAUAAAGUGGUGCACUUGUUUCGGGAUGAACUGGGAUAUGUCAGUUGUGAGAUAUUAAACCUCGGGAGUAGAAUGUGGAGGGAAGUGAAUGGACCUUCUUUUGGACUUUUUGGUUGGUUUGGGUACACGCCAGUUUCUGCAAUAGGAGCUUUGCAUUGGGUUCCUGAAAUUGAUCAUAAUGAUCACAUAGUGUCCAUGGAAGUUGCCACCGAGAAGUUUCAUACUGUACCACUCCCCAAGAGUUGCAGGACUUAUGAUAGGAUUAUCGAGAUGGCUGGUUUCCUAUGUUUUGUCACCCAUCAGGAAUUAGACAUAGAUAUUUGGAAUUUGAAGAGUUUAAAUGGGGGAGUUUGGAUGAAGCAAUAUACCAUCUCUACGGGUAGUGUUCUUGACAUGGUUCCCAUGUUCAGUUUGAGAAUCAGUGGAGAUUUGAUAUUCAAGAGGGAUGAAGACGGUUCAUUUUAUGCUUACGAUUUCAGAUUCAAAGUUAUGAGGAAGGUUGAGAUGGAUAAGCAGGGCUUCCCUUUGUCUGGUACAUACCUACCUCAUGUAAACAGUCUUAUCUGGUUGAGAACUCAGGAUGUGUAAUAGGUUUUUGCCUUUAGGUUGGCAUGUAGAUAUCAUCUAUAACUAGUUGCUGGCUCUAUGUUCUGUGUUCAUCAUUUGUUUGCAUUGUCUAACUAGCUAGUCUGGCUUGUAUUUUAGUGUGAGCACUAUACCUCGUUGUGAAAUAGUAAAUCAAUCACAUGUAAUGAGAUAC